AUGGCAAAUACUUAUGAUGAAUUAUAUGUACCUUUAAGUUAUUAUAUUCUACAAAAUGAGGGAGGAAAUACCAGUAAUGUCGAUCAAGUUAAUAAUAAGAAACCAAAAAAGAAGGAAGUUAUUAAUAAGUCAUCCCUAAUUAUUGAUAUAAAACCCUAUGGUGAAAAUACAGAUCUUGAUGAGGUGUUAAAUCUUGUAAAAAAUAUAACAAUGGAAGGAUUAACAUGGGGAAAAGCUCAUAAGAAAACACCCUUUGCCUUUGGACUUUUCAAAUUACAAGUAUCUUGUGUUAUAGUAGACGAUUUAGUUAAUACGGAUGAACUUAUAGAAACCAUUGAAAACCUUGGAUUAGAUAAUGAACAAUUACAGAAGAAGAAACAAAUGGAUGACGAUGAGGAAAAUUUCGAUGAAGAAGAUGAAAUUGAAGGAUUAGUUCAAUCUGCUGAAAUCAUAUCCUUUAAUAAAUUGUAA